AUGAGUGGUGAGAUGAUUGAAAGUGCUAUAAAGAGCGGGAAGAUUGAUGUUGGAGAGAAUAACAGAAGGCAAGCCUCAAAGAAAAAAGAAAGUGAGGUAAACAACAUGAAUACAUACAACAAAUCAAUUACGGUGAAUCAGCCCAGAAAGGUAGUGGCUAAUCAACAGGGUUCACAAAGCAGGAAUCUGGUGCGAGGCCAACCUCCGUAUCCCAAAUGGUAUGACGCGAAUGCACAGUGUGAUUACCAUGCAGGAAUUACGGGGCAUUCCAUAGAACAUUGUACAGCUUUUAGAAUGCUUGUUGAAAAGCUCAUCAGUAUGGGCGUUGUCAAGGUAGAUGAUGCAUCUGGUACAGGAAAUCCGUUACCCAAUCACACUGAUACUGGGGUGAACAUGAUGAGUGAAAAUAUGGGAGAAGGGUCAAGGAGAGCAUUACUGAGAGAAGUGGGGUUUUUCGAAGAAGUGGAGGAAAAAGGAAGUAUAUGUGCAUCGGAGUCAAUGACGAGGAUUCUGAAAGUUAAUCAUCCUGUGAUUAUCAUCUCGCGCCCUAAGGUUAAUGAGGCUAGGGCACAGGUUACAUCGAAGAUUGUAAUUCAGAAGCCGACAAAUUUUUCGUAUAAGGAUAGUAAAAAGGUCCCCUGGAAUUAUGAGUGCAUUAUAACAAUCUCGGGAAAGGACUCUUUGGUUAGUAUUGUAAAAGAAACCCAAAAGACAGGUUCUUAUACGCGUAGUGAGAAGAACUGCGAUUUGAUAAAUGCGCAAGCAGAAUCGGUGGAAGGGAAAAUUUUUACGGCAGAGAAAAAGAAGGAGAGAACAGUUGAACCUAGGCCAUUGAUUAAUGAGCCAAUAAAGGAAGAAGAAGCCACUGAAUUCUUGAAAUUUUUGAAACACAGCGAGUAUAGUGUUGUAGAGCAGCUACAUAAGCAACCAGUUCGUAUAUCUAUGUUAGCGUUGCUCAUGAGUUCAGAGGUACAUCGAAACGCGCUGAUGAAGGUAUUGAACAAAACAUAUGUGGCUAAUGAUAUUUCUGUCAAAAAAUUGGAUCGGUUGGUCAGCAAUAUAAGUGCCGAUAAUUUUAUCUUCUUUAAUGAUGACAAAAUACCAUCUAGAGGUAUGGGGUCCACUAAAGCUCUGCACAUUACUACUCGGUGCAAAGGAUACAUACUGCCGGGAGUUUUGAUUGAUAAUGGAUCCUCAUUAAAUGUAUUGCCCUUAUCUACUCUCAAUAGGCUACUUGUAGAUAGCUCAUAUAUGAAAACGUGUCAAAAUGUAGUAAGGGCAUUCGAUGGAACAGAAAGGAAGGUUAUGGGGAGAAUUGAGAUACCAUUGUUGAUUGACCCAAAUACUUAUGAAGUGGAUUUCAUUGUAAUGAAUAUCAAGCCUUCCUAUAACUGUUUGUUAGGGAGACAUUGGAUACACUCAGCAGGGGCUGUGCCUUCAUCGCUGCAUCAGAAGUUAAAGUUAGUGUCAGAGGGAUGGUUGGUGACAAUAAAUGCCGAGGAGAGUAUUAUCGCGUCAAUAACCAGUAAUGCACCAUACGUGGAGACUGAUGAUGAGGUAGUGGAAUGUUCUUUCCGAUCUCUAGAGUUCGUGAAUGCAACAUUUAUUGCUGAGGGGAAUAGAAUCCCAAUGCCAAAGAUAUCUAAGACUACAAAAAUGGGUCUUCAAUUAAUAGUGGGAAGAGGAUUGGGAAGACAUCUACAAGGAAGAGUGGAGGCACCAAUGAUGAAAGAUAAGUUUGAUCGUUUUGGUCUAGGCUAUAGACUAGACAUAAAACAAAGGAGAAAGGAAAUAGAAAAAAGACGUGAGAGGAGAAGGGCACGCUUGAGUGGAGAGGAAGUUAAGUGGGAGCCUAUGGUUUUUCCUCACAUAUCCAAGACCUUUGUAUUAGGGGGUUCAUUCAUCCUAAACGAAGAAUACUUAAAGAGGAAGAUGUAUGUGGUAGCCACUGAAGAAAAUCCCCAAAUGGAUCAUGUGUGGAAGCUAAACUUUGAUGGAGCCUCAAAUGCUAUGGGUAACGGAAUUGGGGCAGUCUUGGUAUCUCCAAGCAGAGAUCAUUAUCCUAUUGCUAGUAAAUUGGAUUUUGACUGUACGAACAAUAUGGCAGAAUAUGAAGCAUGUAGUAUAGGCAUUCGUCCAGCUAUUGAACGUAAAAUCAAAAUGCUAAAAGUGUAUGGGGAUUCCGCAUUGGUGAUAUAUCAGCUCAAAGGAGAAUGGGAGACAAGAGACCCUAAAUUGAUCAGUUAUCGAAAGAUGGUUCUCGAAUUGAUGGAAGAGUUUGAUGACAUCUCUUUGUUACCUCCCACGAGAUGA